AAUACCAAAAACGUAUUGUUGCCACUUCGGGAAAAUAUUAAUUUGUUUGUGUGUGUUCGUUCUGCGUCCCGUCCCUUUGUUUUGUACUUUAAAAAAGUUGUUUGUACAUACGAACACAAUUGGGAAAAAUGCGUGGUUUUUGCAUUUAAAUCAAACCAAUUUUUUCAAUGAUUGCCGAAAGUUUGAGAUAAAUUAUUUCAUUUAAUUCGCGAUACUUAGUUUCUUUCUACUGGUCGAAGGCUCGCACGCCGACAUCAACCGCAUCAAUAUGGCUUCCGCUUCGGAAAUUGAAAAAACAUUGGUCGUAAACAUUGGAAACUUUGAGAGAAUCCAAAACUUUCUAAACGACAAGGAAAGGUAUAAGGAGAUACUAGAAAAUAGCGAGAACUUCAACACGCGACUUUGUAUCGAAAGACGUCUUCGAAUGCCAUUUCUUGACCCCCAGACCGGUGUUGCGCAGACACACUGUGCCCUCUUCAUGAAAAAGAAACAGCGUAUGCCAGGAUUCCGCCAUGGACAGAUUUAUACGUACCCAUCAACUCGUUGGCGUAAGCCGAAGCGACAGUAUUUACUAAACCCAAAUCAUAGCUACCGUGCCUAUCAGUACCGCGAGCACCAUCUUUCCCACUCCCACCACCAACAGCAUCAACAACAUCACCAUCACCAUGUACCAACAUGUACAGUCAGUGUACGUGACCAUCAUCAGACUGAAAGUGCUGCUAUUGCUGCUACAGACGGCAAUUCUAUGGGGGCUUCGGGAGACAAUGAUAGUAAAGAUUCACAUGCAAAUGCCGAAAAGGAGUGGUUCCACGACGAGAUAGACUCUUCCCACUACCAUCAUGGCGGCGACGACUAUGAAGAUGACUUUGAUUCUGAUAACGAUUUCGAUGAGUCUUACAGUAAUAGGGGAAAACGCAAGCGGAGCUCACGGCCACGGCGGUCCAAUGCAAAUGUAGAAGGUACUCCUAAGCGUGGUCGCAAAGGCGGUGGCAGUCGUCGCAAAAACACUGCUGAUGGGGAAACCGAUCGGAGACGUCGAGGCGGUGGAAAUAGCGGAAACACAUCUGCAGCUGCAGCGGCUGCUGCAGCAGCAGUUGCCCACGCAGCUAACACGGCAGCUGCUGCAGCCACAGGACUCUAUACAUCGCAUUCAAACUCAGCAUCGCCCAUUCCCAUUAACGAUGAAACCUCCCAAUCGGCUCUGGUAAUGCCGACCAACAUUGCUUCAUCUUACGACAAGACUUUAAGUGAUGCAGGAGCUUCCAAUGACUCGAUUCCCUUGGCAACCAUGGCUGGAAUCGCAGGGAUGGGCAUAGCCGCAACAUCCAACGUCUCUGCUGGACCUCCUAUUUAUGCUGCGGUUAACCCAACAGUACCAGCGCCAGUGGUGGCGUCUGUCGCUAGUCCUAAAAAACUCAAACUACGUGUUGAACGAGAAGUGGCGCAACCAUCUCCAUACUGUGACUUUUGCUUGGGCGAUCAGCGCGAAAACAAAAAAACUAAUAUGCCGGAGGAGCUUGUUUCCUGUUCCGACUGUGGUCGUUCUGGUCAUCCAUCGUGCCUACAGUUCACAGCAAAUAUGAUAAUAUCAGUUAAACGGUAUCGUUGGCAAUGCAUAGAAUGCAAGUACUGUUCUAUUUGUGGGACAUCUGAUAAUGACGAUCAGCUUUUAUUCUGCGACGAUUGUGAUCGCGGAUAUCACAUGUAUUGCCUAUCACCACCUCUUGUUACUCCACCAGAAGGAUCUUGGAGCUGCAAGCUUUGCAUGGAAGAAUUUCACAAGAACAAAUAAACAACGAUAAAUGCUCAUAGUUUCCGAAAAAUGCAAAACUGCGAGUCCUCAUUCAUUUAGUCGCAUCAUAAAUAUUUAAGCCAGGAUUUUAAUUUAAAUAUUACGUUAGGUAUUUGUUUUACUUACGUGUAUCAAUUUUUAUUUUUACAACUAACUAUGCAUAAGUGAAGUCCUCAAGUAUUUUUCUAAGUAUUCUGCGCAGCUUUGAAAAUUUGUUUGUAAGUAACUUGUGUCCAUUUAUUGUCUCUAGUUUCUUUUUAUUUAAAAUGUAUGCAUAUUUACAAGAAAUAGUAUAGAGCUCCAUUUUUUACAUAAUCAAUAAAUUAUGCAAUUCUUCAGGCAUAUACAUAAAAGA